AUGAAGACAUUAUCCCUACGCUUGCAAUCCUUCACUGGUGCAAGAGCAGGCGAGAUUCGUCGAUCCCACCAAUACGAAAGCCUCGAAUGUCUUCUAUGGGAACACAUCACUAUUCGCCCCGGUACUACUGCGAACGUGUGUCGUGCUAUCAUUGAUCUUCAGCAUACCAAAUGUAUCCCCGGCGGCACGUCUGAGGAGGCCAAACAGUUCUCGAGCCGAUCCCGCAACCGCCUUUGCCCUAUCAAGCUGCUUCUCUGUCAUGCGCUCAGGACCGAGGCUGUCGAGGAAAACUCAUGGGAGGAGUUGCGUCAAGUUUCGAAAGAGAGACCGAGAAAGCAGGUCCUAUGGACAUAUAUAAAGAGACCAGUUAUAUGCGCUCUCAGCAACAGCAGUCAAGAGGUGUUAAAACUUGGCGAGCCUUCAAACACCAGCUCUGCCAUCUUGGUUUUCAAUGAAGACGCCAAGUGCGUGGGAUUACUUACGAACCUCAUUCCUCAUGAUAUUCGUCGAGGUACAGCUCGCGAGCUGGCGCAUCUAAGGGACUCCAACGUCAGAGUUGCUGUUGAGCAGGCUUGA